CUCUUAAAAGUUGUUAACAGCGUUUGGGGGAGAAUGAGGGAUUGGGAGAGGAAGAGACAGAAGGAAAGACAGACAGAAUGAGAGAGUGAGAGAGAAUGACAGAGACAGAAACAGGGCGGCAAAGACUAAGAGAGCUAAAGAGAAAAAGCACCAGGAAGAAAAACAAGCUUGACUCCUCCUCAUUUGUACUCUGAACCGCCACUGCUCUCAAGCUUUGAAAGCAACAGAAAUCUAAGGGAUGUAGUUAAGGACAGAGAGACGGAAGUUCCCGAGAAUUUAGUGCCCACAACCCCACCCCAACGGCGGCCACUCCGGCGCUUGGCGACCACAGGAGGAACCGGGAAACGAAACCGAGAGAGUUUCGCGGCGCCGAGGUCGUUGGGAGGUUUCCGUACCUCGCCUCGAGGCAGCAUCCGCACAGCGGCAGCCACAGCUGGGUGCGCACCGGGCGCGGGAGCCGCGUGGGUUCCCAGGCAGGAGCUCUUUAAAUCAUGGAAAAACAAAGUGGGCAAAUGAAUGCUCCUCAUCCAGGAACAAAUUUACCGCCUGGACAUCUCCCUGAAUAUCCUUCAGCAGCAUUCCAAGGACCUCCAGAACAUACUGGCUACCCUGGCCCCCAGGUUGGCUACCCUGGCCCCCAGGUUGGCUACCCUGGCCCUCAGGCUGGCUACCCUGGCCCUCAGGCUGGCUAUCCUGGCCCUCAGGCUGGCUACUCAAUUCCGCCAGCUGAUUAUUCAGGUGCUGGCCCAGUAGGCUUUCCUGUCCAACACCAGCCAGUGUAUAAUCAGCCAGGUGGACCUGCAGGGGUACCAUGCAUGCCAGAACCACCACCUCCAUUAGACUGUCCACCUGGAUUGGAAUAUUUAAGUCAGAUAGAUCAGAUACUGAUUCAUCAGCAAACUGAGCUUCUGGAAGUCUUAACAGGUUUUGAAAGUAAUAACAGAUAUGAAAUUAAGAACAGCUUUGGACAAAGGAUUUACUUUGCGGCAGAGGAUACGGAUUUCUGUACCCGAAAUUGCUGUGGGGCUUCUAGGCCUUUUACCAUGAGGAUUCUUGAUAAUAUGGGCCGAGAAGUUAUAACUCUGGAGAGACCACUAAGGUGUGGCAGCUGUUGUUGCCCCUGCUGUCUUCAGGAGAUAGCAAUCUAUGCUCCUCCUGGUGUACCUAUAGGUUAUGUUACACAGAUCUGGCAUCCGUGCCUGCCAAGGUUUACAAUUCAAAAUGAGAGGAGAGAGGAUGUACUAAAAAUUAUUGCUCCAUGUCUUCUAUGCAGCUGUUGUGCAGAUGUUGAUUUUGAGAUUAGAUCUCUUGAUGAAGAAAAUGUGGUUGGAAAGAUUUCCAAGCAGUGGACUGGUUUCAUGAGAGAAGCAUUUACAGAUGCUGAUAACUUUGGCAUCCAGUUCCCUUUAGACCUUGAUGUGAAAAUGAAAGCUGUGAUGCUCGGUGCAUGUUUUCUCGUUGACUUCAUGUUUUUUGAAAGCAGUGGAAACUGAGAAUAAAAGGAGCGUGAUGGUGGAUUAAUGAAAGUCUCCUCAGAAAGUUUGAAGUCUGUGUAUUGAUUGGGACUAUGUAAAAGAAAAGCUCACUGUUUUUUUUUUCUUUACUGAAAUGACUUAUAGCAUAUGUGAAUUAUACUGUGAUGCCUGAAGCUCCUGUCAUAUAUGACUUUUCAAAUUAUGAGUUUAUUUUCUAUAUCACUUAUAAAUGUUUUUAUGCAUUUUUUAUUUCAUACAUUUUCUUUUUCUUUAUGUAUUUUGGAGAAAGGACAUGGGAAUUUUUACAUUUAAUCAUGAAACUUCCCAUGGUAAAUUGUUUUGAACUGUAAUCUCUUUUAUUUUCAAUUUUUAGAGAAAAUUGUUUAAAGCCUUAUUGAAGUAAUUUUAAUAUAAAAAGUUAGAUUUUAUUAAAUAUAGUUCCAAUUUACUUCACAUGUGUAACUACUAUUGUUACUUUGCAAAUGCCAUAUAUUCACAUGUUAAAAAUCAAUAUAAUUUCAGUUUCCUUUACAAUUAUGUCAAAAUAAUACUUAAUAUUCAUAUUACAAAGGAACAUAAAAUGUGUAUUUUUUUCAGCAAAUUACAGUAUAUUUAAUUUCUUUUAUAAGCUAAUCUGCUACUAUAAAAAGAUUUUCAUAUUGACAAGACAGUAAAUUACUGAUGUUUUAAUGAUUUCCAAUGAAAAAGAUAUGUCCUAAAGAAGAACACAUUUAAAGACUCACUAUAAAACUA